ACGUGAAAUUAAAGCAGCAUUUUAAUGUAAACCGGUGCGAUCUAAACCUUAAGUCUCGGCCCGCCCCUGUGGGCUGGCCAUGGAGUCGGAAAGUUGAAAUAGUGCCUCCGAAAGUCCCAAGGUGCAUUUUGGAUUUUGCACAGCUGUGAAGAUGGCUUAAGUACCAUCGGUGUCUAUUUAGUUAUACGCCAUGAAGUUUGAGGUUCUGUGCGGGAGCCACUACGAGGAGAAGCGCCUGGAGGUUUGCAGCGCAGCUUCGCCGCAGUCGGGGGAAGAGGGACUCUGCUCCGAUGGGGACUAUAUGGCGAACAGCCCCGGACCGGCAGUAUCGACGCCAAAUGGAAAAGCCAAAUCUUACACUCGGAGACCCAAGCCUCCAUAUUCCUACAUCGCCUUGAUCGCUAUGGCGAUUCGGGACUCGACGACCGGGCGCCUGACUUUGGCGGAGAUCAACGAUUACCUGAUGAAAAAGUUCCCCUUCUUCAGGGGCAGCUACUCCGGCUGGAGAAACUCGGUCCGCCACAACCUAUCGCUAAAUGAUUGCUUUCUUAAGGUGCUUCGGGACCCCUCCAGACCUUGGGGGAAGGACAAUUACUGGAUGCUGAACCCUCACAGCGAAUACACCUUUGCGGACGGGGUAUUCCGGCGCCGGAGGAAGCGCAUCAGCAAGAAGUUCACCAAACCCCAAGAGGUCCUACAGAGCUCCAGCGACGAGGGUGCGUCGACCCCGAGCCCCAGCACGCCGUGUAAGCAGGAUGGAGGUGCUGCAAAGUUCUCUAGCUCUUUUGCAAUUGACAGUAUCCUCAGCAAGCCUUUCAAGAGGAGAGAUGAUGGACAGAGCAGGUUUGGAAGCCCCUCCAUCUACCCGAUGAAGUGGCCCAGGAGUACUGACAUGAUGCCCUGCGUGGUGAACCUCCCACCUGUCGCCGUUUCCCACCAUCCGCCGAUGCUCCAGGUCCGUUCAUACGGCGCUCAUUUGCCGCAUGCGUUCAGGUGUGAGCCGGUCGCCUUGGUGGAUUGCAGACCUGGUGGCUUAAAUGCUCUCCACAUGACCGCGGAUGGCUUACCGAUCACGGAGAUGUUCCUUUGUGGUCGAGCCCCAGCUUCCAGAACGGACAGCUAUCGUUCAUUCAAAAUAGACAAUCUGCUUUCUUAAAAUAUUGGACUUUUGUAUGAGAACUGUACGUAAGCACUGUACAUAUUGUUUAACAAGACGCAAGCAGUUCCAGAGACGCAACUAAACAAGGAGAUUGUUGUACUAACAUGUCUGAAAUUAUCUGGUAAGCUAACAAAGAGUAUAAGUAUAUGAGGAACUAGCGAUCUGCCACAUUCUUAAAUAUGUUUCUUCAUGGAUAUUGCGGCAUUUGUGUGGCAAAAUCCAAUUGUGGGUGUCUUUAUUCAAGCAGGUGUUAUUGAAGAAUGACGUUAUUGUGGUUUAAAUGUCAUAAUGACAAUUUUCAAGCGGUACUAUAGGAUGUACACUGGGUCUAUUUUAGAAAAAAACUUUUCACAUUUCUGUUUUUGAAACAUGCAUCAGAUUUAUUUUUAAUAUUAAAAGAGAAACUGCGAAAGAGUUUGUAGCUGUAAGUAUUGUCAGUACCUUCAGCGAAGUUGCAAUCGGAAUAAAAUCGCCUGUCACUGGAGCCCGGUGAAUUAGUGUUUCAAAAGUG